AAAAUUUUUUUUUUUUCUCAAUUUUAAACAUUUUAUAAGAAAAUUAUAUUAUGUCUGAUAUUCGAAAAGAAUUAGUUCGGUCUGCAAUUAAUAGAGCAAUUACAUUAAUAGAUUAUGAUAUUUAUGAUGAUAUUCAUAAACGACAUGAAUUUAAAAAACAAAUUAUACUUGCUGAUAAUUCUCUUACAAAUGAUGAAAAAACUUAUUCAAUAAAAGAUUUGAAUAAGACGUAUGACAGGAAUAAAAUUACGUAUAAUUCAGGAACAAGAAGAACUUGUGAAAAUUGUAACCAAGAAUGUUUAGCUACAUUAUAUUGUGAAUAUUGUGUUCAAAAUUAUUUAAAAGCAAACUUUUCAAAUUGGACAUCUGGAAAUAAUGAUAUUGAUAAUUUAAUACAAAAAUGUCAAAUUGAAACACUUAGACCAGAUAAGAUAAUUGAAUGGAUUCCAUAUAAUAAUUUACAAAAUAUUGAAUAUUUAACAAAAGGUGGAUUUUCUGAAAUUUAUACAGCAGAUUGGAUUGAUGGAAAAUAUGAAGAAUGGGAUUCUAAAGAACAAAAAUUAAUAAGAUUUGGAGGACAAUAUGUAAUACUUAAAGGAUUAGAAAAUGUUGAAAAUGCAAAUCAAAGAUGGAUUGAAGAGGCUGAAUCACACUUUAAAAUAAGCAAUAAAUGGCCAUCAAUCAUUUCAUGUUAUGGUUUAACACAAAAUCCAUCAAAUAGAAAUUAUAUGCUUGUAAUAGAUAAAGCAGAUAUAGAUUUAAGAAAAUAUUUACAACAAACUCAAAAUCAACUUACAUGGAAAGAAAGAAUAAAAGUUGCUCAUGGUAUAAUUAGAGCACUAAUAGCUAUUCAUCAUGAGAAUGCAGUUCAUAGAGAUUUACAUUCUGGAAAUAUAUUGUAUUCAAAACUAGAUCAAGAUUGGUAUAUUAGUGAUCUUGGAUUUUGUGGACCUGCAAAUAAAUCAACAGAAAGUAUAUAUGGUAAUCUUCCUUACAUAGCACCAGAAGUUAUUUCUGGAAAGAAAACUACAGUGGAAUCUGAUAUUUAUAGUAUUGGAAUGUUAAUGUGGGAAAUUUCAUCUGGACGACCUCCUUUUAAUUAUUAUGAAAAUGAUUAUAAACUUGCAUUGAAUAUAAUUAAUGGAAUGAGACCAAAAGUAAUAUCAGGAACUCCUUUGAAAUAUGAAAAUUUAAUGAAACAAUGUUGGGAUGCUGAUCCAUCAGAAAGACCUGAUAUUGAUACACUUGUAAAUGAAUUUUAUGCACUUCUGCAAUAUUAUCAAAAUAUAUCAAAUGAAAUACUUCAACAAGAAGCAAAUAAUGAUUUAGAAAGAAACAAACUAAUAAACAACACAAUGUCAAAACAUAUAAGUAGCAAAUUAUUUACAAGUAAAAUUCAUCAAUUUAAAAAUUUACCUGAACCAAAAAAUGCAACAGAAGAACAAGAAGCAUUUCAUAGUAAAUCAUAUGAUUGCUUUAAUAUUCCUGAUAAUAUUGAAGAUUUUAUCAAUUCAAAUGAUCAAGACACAUCUAUAACAAGUAGUAUUUUAAAAGACGAUAGUGAAGAAUUAUACAAAUCAUUUAAUGAAUUACAAAUAAAUUCAAAUGAUGAUAAUUAUGGAAUGGAAAUAAUGGAACAACAAGAAGUAAAAAAACAUAAUAACGACAUUGACGACGAGGAUGAAAUCUAUGAUGAUAAAAAUUUUCAUUCGGAGGAACAAGAUGAAUUAGAAAUUCCAGAUGAUGGAUUUUAAAUUUUUUAUUUUAUUAGAUUAUCUUUAUUAUUUAACAUCAACAAUAAAUAUUUAUUUUAUUUUAUUUUUUAUAUUUAGAAUUAUUUAAACAACUAAGAUUUAGAGUAGUAAAUCUAAAUGGUUUGCAAGACAGUACUUAGUUAUGUAAUUUAAAUAAUUCAUUUUUUUUAUAUCAAAUAUAUUUAUGUAUUCAAUAUACAGUAUUAUACUGUAACUUAUUCAAAUCACUGGCCGAAGUAGGAGGAUGUGCAAUACAUUUACACUAGAGAAAUUUUAUAUACACGUCACAUUUCAAAUUGAUUUACCAGUAAUUUCAAUUAAUUCCAAUUAAAGUGUAUAUUAAGGAAAUUUGUUGUAAACUUGUCCAAUUUCCAUGAAGUGUUUAUGUCAUUUGAAAUUUACAAGUUUCUAUUAUAUAAAUGUAUUUUAAAUUGUGAUAA